CUCAGGGAAUGUCGUAGGGGAUGAGAUCUCGGCGGGUCUGAGAAGAAGAUGGACACAUCGCAGGUCGAAGGUGAGUGAGAACCGACGCAGACAGGCAGACGCCACGCUGUGCCUGCCACACAUCUAUCAAUCUGCGUGCAUGAUUGAAGCUGUGUGUGUGUGUGUGUGUCAGUUCCGCUAGAUCUGAUUCGUCUGAGUCUGGAUGAGAAGGUCUACGUCAAGUGCAAGGGCGACAGAGAACUCACCGGCAAACUGCACGUACGUCAGCCAGCCGUCGUCCAUCAAUCAAUCACCAGGCAGACAGGCAGACAGGCAGCAGACGUGUGUGUGUGUGUGUGUGUGUGUGUGUGAGGUGUGUGAUUGUGUGACGGUGUCAUCAGGCGUUUGACCAGCACUUGAACAUGGUACUUGAGGCGGUGGAGGAGACCGUCAAGACCACAUAUGUCGACGAGACGGACGGCGAGGAACGCGUCAAGGUACGUGGAGGGGGAGGCAGGCAGUAGUCACUUCCUAGAUCAACACUUACUUGCAGAGCACUCUGAUGUGCGUCUGCGUGUGUGUGUGCGUGCGUGUGUGUUCAGCGUACGAAGCGGACGAUGGAGAUGCUGUUUGUGCGCGGCGAUUCCGUGAUACUGGUGUCCCCCCCGGUGCGGACACACCAGUCAUGACAACACAUCACGCACGCACACACACAUUGACUGGUGUAGCUGCGACCUGUGACCUUUGAGACCCCAUUCGCGAACAGGUGUGUGUGUGUGUGUGUGUCGAAAGAUUCCCAUAGCCGUUUCACCUUUCACUGUUUGUUGACCCGUUGAUGCCUGCCUGCCUUACUACCACUACGUCUACA